AUGAUGGGGCCAAACUCUGUCCGCCGCAACCUCUUCCAUGGAAAUCUCAGCCGCCGACCUGCUUCCGCAGGACCUCCCAAUGGCGCGGUCGCUCCAAACCCAAGCAACCUUGCGAACCGCCCCUCGCACCGGCUAAAGCCUACAUCCUCGGAUUCGGGCCCCUCUGCGCGGCUGAAGACUGUGGAGAAUAAGGAGAUUGUGGUUAGGGAUAAGAAUGGGAGCUAUAAGCUCGAGGUUCCGACGUUGCCGCCGCCUCUGAUUGGGGAAGAUGGGGAGGAGUUGGGCGAACUUGAGGCUGAGGCUUUUGAUUCCUCGGAGCUUAGUGGACGGGAGAAAGAGAAGUACGAGGCUGAUCUGUUGGAAAUGAUGAUUCGGCAUCGCGAUGGAGUGCCGAGUGAUGAGCCUGACGAGAUCCUGAACAUUAUGAAUGAGAGCCUACGCAAAAAGGCAGCUUCAUUGGAUGACGAUAAUUGGAUGUUCGAGCCUGAGAAGGAUUCGUUUCUGAACUAG